CGCAUUUUGGCUGCCAUUUGCUGUAUUCUGUCAUUCUUUCGAUGUUAUUGAAUUUAUGUGUUUUGUUUUAUUAAUUUCAGCCAAAUUAAUAUUCAAAAUAGACGGCUAGUGUUAUUACCCUAAUUCCCUUUAGGUAAAUAUUUAUUCCUAAGCAAAAUGUACCGGAAAUCAUCAAUAGUAAAAUUAUGAUGCAGUGGGACCAAAUAUUUUUUUCUACAUCAUUAUUCUAGCAGAAUUAUUUUUAUUAACAAGUUGUAAAAUGAACCCAUUAUGUCUUAUUUGAGUGCUUCAGAAAAUGUGGGGUUCAGUGGUAUUCCACAAAAUAUAUCUGAUGGGAGCUGCGCGACGCAGUAUAAGAUGGCAGUUGAGGGCGUGGCGGGGAACUGCAGCAACGAGGUCAACAUGUACAUACAGGAUAGUUCUGGAGACGAGCAGCCCUACAUAACACACCUCAACGAAAACUUCUUCCAUACCAAAUUUAAAAUAGAUCCCAACGAAUUAUAUACGUUCCAUGACUCUGACGUCAUAGCUAGCGAAAUAACAGUGAGCCAUACAGAGGAUGCUUUUAUUUUUCCUGAAAAUGUUGAUGUUAAGAAUAAAAUGUUAGACAGCCCCAGUAAAGAAAUUGAUCUCAUAGAAUCACUUACGAAUGGGGAGAUUAAAGAAGAAAUCAAAACUGAGGUUCCUAACGGGCAUUAUCCACCUAUUUCAAAAUCGUCAUCUCCUAUUUUUAAAGAUACCAAAGCUCAGAAAAGUAAAAGUCAGGUUACAAAAGAGAUGAGAACAAAUUCUCUGAAUGAAGUUCGUCGCUCCAGUGUUCAUAGUCCGAAGGGGCGAAGUAGUGCUUCAUCUCCUGUGGCGGGCAACAAAAGCAGUAUUAGUAGCGCUAGUUCCAAUCAAGGGAAGACCGCUGCUGUGGCUAGGUCUGUGUCGGAAACUUUCUUGGAUGUGUUUAAGAGAGAACAAGGGCUUGUUGAAGGUAUUCCAGCUACUAUCAUAAAAACUGAGCCCUUAUCAGGCCCUCCCCCUCCUGUUAAAAUACCAGCACCAACACCGAAAAAAACUCAAGGAGGUAAAGCCACGCCUCAGUCUAAAGCGCGUCGCGGCCGAGGCCCGGCGGUCCACGAAGCCCUACAACGGAUACAAGCGCAGACGCGCGUCAUACCUCUGCCGAAUAGAUCGUGGCACGCACCAGGAGAGGAACUGUUCAACUGUGGACCACUCACGAAUAAACCCAACGCCUUCAGGCAGUUUGAGAGCAGCAGCAGUGAUGAUGAUAAUAUGCCUGAGUAUGAGGGUGGUUUUGGAUCAGCAUGCGUUGAGGAAAGCGCGACGGAGUCAAGAGGGGCCAGGCUAGCGCUCCGGCGGGCCGCGCUGCGGAGGCACGUAGCGAGGGCCGAUGGGGAACUAGAGUUCGCUGGCAGCUUCAGGGAGCACCGGUCACUAGCUACGCUGGUCAAGAAUCAACUGAGCAAAAAAGGAGCGUCAUCAAGUCUUCCAACCCCAACAGUGAACCAUUUAUUAGCAAUACGAGGCAUGCCUUCGUUGUUGACGUCACAGGAACGGAGGCAACUGAGGUUAAGUGGUUGGUCGGGAGGCGAAAGCGCUUCAAUGGAGCACAUAACGGGAGGCACUUGCGCUGAAGAACGAUGCACUCAGCCGCCAAUACCUUGCGGCCGGUUUUGUCUGUCCCACGUCACGAUGGCGCCAGAACAGCGGCUUUACGCGCCAUGCGCGGCUGUGUUCGCGGGUGGCACGCGCUGCAAACAGCCGCUGCUUCCGCUGCAGGAUCAGACGCCGUUGUGCACGGAGCACGCGUGGAAGAGAGAUAACUAUGACAAGCUGGCCCGCGACUGCAGGCCCAAGAAGGCGGUGCGCAAGCGCAUCUGGGCGGCGCCUGUGAGGCCCCCGCGGCGGCCCAAGCGGCGCAGGCGGCCGCCGCCCGCGAGGCCGCGCCCCCCGCCGCCCGCGAUGCCCCUCAGCCCACACACGGCAGUAGCCCCACAGACGCCCAGCGCUGAACAGUCGCUCUCAGAAAUCAACGUGUGUUCAAACUCAUCCACCUACGACAGUUCGGAAGACACGGCCAUGGGCGCGCUCAGCGAAAAUGAAUACAUCACUGUCGCGAGCAAUUCCCAUGAACUCGUUGAGGUGGAGCAAGUUCCGCAUGAUGACAUCCUCGAUCCUUCGGUCCUCAGCCAGAUUCCUGAUGAGGCUUUCACGGAGUUUUUUAAUCAAGCGGAAGGUGGUCCAGCGUUCGCGGGUUCGGAACUAGCGGCGGCGCUAGAAGCGGUGCUCGACGAACGUGUGCUCGACGAGCGAGUGCUCGACGAACGCGCGCUCGACAUGACCGACUCUGUGUUCGUGCACGCGCCGCACGCCGUGGCCAAGAACAAGAUACAAGUUCCAGCGUCAGUGGCCAUGGAGAUGUCGACAAGCGCGCCCUCAUAACAUAAUAACUUUACACUUGUUAUGUUAAGCAAAAAUAAACUUUGUGUACUAUAAAACUUAGGAACAAAUUCGAUAUUCAUAGUCUCAAGAGUUGAAAAUAUUUUUCUUCAUGCUUUAAGUUUCGUAUGUGUGGUUGUGUAGGGGUGAUUAUUUUAAGUGUUAAGAGUUGAAUGUAUUUCGUAUAGAGAAUGUGUUGGAAUGUUGAAUAUUAUUAUUUUUAAUGACAAUUUACUCGGAUAUUAGGCUCUCGUAAUAGAGGAAAGUACACGAGUAGAAUGUCAGUUGUUUGAAUUAUACAUGCGUAAUUUUAACCUUUUAUACACUUCAUCGCAUGUGUAAUUUGUGCAAUGUGUGAGAAUGAAUGGCGGGUGUCGUCCACAUUCUACAGUACUCUUAUUUAUGCCAAAUUAGUAUUUAUGUGGGGAUUUUUUCCAGAUACACUUUAAUUUUACUCUACUAAUAAUGGGUUUAAUAUAAGGGAUGUAGUUGAAGGCUUAGUUUAAGUUUUCUCGAUCUCGUUUAACUGUCGAACUUAAUUUUAAUCUUCCUACUUAUUUUUUUGAAAAUGUAAACGAAAUGGGGAUGUUGCCUGGGUCAAAAAGCCUAUGAUUACUUUAGUUUGUGGUCGAUGCGACAUCUGGUGGCGUUUCGUAGGUAACUUCGCCUUCGUCGUCGUUGUCAUAGGAUAGUUUAGAGGAAUUGUUAUGCGUAGCAUUGUGUCGUGUCGUGAAUUGGGUUGUGUCGUGGUAUGUUUGUUGGCUCGAAAGUCACUACAGGAAUGUGCAAUCAUAAACACGAAUAUGGAGAUAAUCUUCAUGUUCUUUCAAGAUAAACUUUUUUUAU